AUGUUUGACAGCUCGCAGUAUCCCUACAAUUGCUUCAAUUACGACGCCGACGACUACCCCGCGGGCAGCUCGGACGAGGAGAAGCGGCUCACGCGGCCGGCAUACAGCUACAUCGCGCUGAUCGCCAUGGCCAUUCAGCAGAGCCCGACGGGCAAGGUGACCCUGUCGGGCAUCUACGACUUCAUCAUGCGCAAGUUCCCCUAUUACCGCGCCAACCAGCGCGCCUGGCAGAACUCCAUCCGCCACAACCUGUCCCUCAACAGCUGCUUCGUCAAGGUGCCGCGGACCCAUGGACACGAGAAGGGCAAAGGCAACUACUGGACCUUCGCCGGCGGCUGCGAGUCGCUACUGGACCUUUUCGAGAACGGCAACUACCGGCGGCGGCGGCGGCGGCGCGGCCCCAAGCGCGAGGAGGCGAGGGGGACGCGCGCGGCAGACGCGGAAGCGCCCCGGGGUCCCCCUGAGCCGGCCACUGCGAGGGGGAACCCCGUCCCCCACCGCGAGGCCCCAACCCCAGCCAGCCCCGCCGCCCUGGGGAGGGAGGCACACAGGGACAUCAAGUUCAGCAUCGACUACAUCCUCUCCGCCCCCGACCCCUUUCCCGGGCUCAGGUCGACCUACGCGCAGGCGGGCAGAUACCCCCGGCUGCAGGCCCAGCAAAUGAACCUUCACCUUUGGACGAUGUGA